AUGUGGAGGCCCCCUCUCAGCCUCCUGCUCAGCGCCCUGGUCUUAUCCAGCCCUGGGGUCACCGCCUUCCCCGAUUCCUCCCCACUGCUCGAUUCCAGCUGGGGCAGAGACCUGCUGCACCUGUACACAGCCUCAGCCAGGGCCGGCUUCCACCUCCAGAUCCACGCAGACGGCCAUGUGGACGGAUCACCCCAGCAAACCAUCUACAGCGCACUGACCAUCCGGUGGGAGGACGCGGACGUGGUGGUCAUCCAAGGCGUGAUGAGCCGCCGCUUCCUCUGCCUGGACAACCGCGGCCGGGCCUUCGGGUCGCCGGACUUCCAGCCCGCGAGCUGCCGCUUCCGCCCGCGCCGCCUGGAGAACGGGCUGGACGUGUUCGAGUCCCCGGACCGGCGGCGCGCGCUGAGCCUGGGCGCGGCGGGGGCGUGGCCUCGGGGCGCGGCGGGGGCGUGGCCGCGCGGCGGGGCGGGGCCUCUGGGCGGGGCGGGGCCGCCGCCCGCGCAGGCGCAGUUCCUGGCGCGCCGGAACGAGCUGGCCCUGCCGCGCUUCCACACGGCGCGCCCGCGCCGCGCCACGCGCGCCGCCCCGCACGCGGGGGACCCGCUGCGCGUGCUCAAGCCGCGCCCGCGCCUGGCGCCCGCCGCGCCCCGCGCCGCCACCGCCGCCGCCUGCGCGCGCCGCCCCGCGCCGCCCCGCGCCGAGGACGCCAGCGACCCGCUCGGGGUGCUGCGGGGCGCGCGCGCGCGGGGGCCCGGCGCGGGGUGCGAGCCGGCGGCGCGGGGCGCGGCCUAG